GUCUUUCAUUGGUGCUCACCGGCUGCGCGUGCUAAGCUCUGGCCCACAGCUACUCAGCCUUUGCAUACUAUUCAAACUCCGGGCAAUCCGCUGCCGCUUAAUAAACAAACAGUUAAACAAACCUCUCGAACUCGAACGUCGCCGUGUGUGUGUGUGUGUGUUUCGCCCUCAUUGUGCUCUCGUGCAAAUGAAAAUUUCAUUGAGCAGAAAGUCGCAGCAGCAGCAGAAAAGUGGAAAAUCCUAAAGCGGCACCAGCCACAGCAAAAAAGAAAAUAAAUUAAAAUCUCGGCAAGUGAAAUUUGAGUCGAGAACUAUACGCUGCAAUUAAGCUAAUCUCAGAUAAACGAAUCCAUCGCUGGAAAAUUGCCAAAACCACCACGCCAGCACGCCAAUUAAUCGAAGGCGUUCCGCAAAUUAAAGUUCAAUCAACGAGGCUUGUACCGCUAAAUCGAACGCCGAAGAUGCAGUGCGGCCUGGAGCAGAUGAACGACUGUGAGCGGUCACCGAACCGGACGAACCUCCGGGUCAACUUCAACGAGAAGGGGGCGGAGGUCAAGGAGCGGCGCGAGAAGUUCCUCACGGCCAAGUACGGGUCACACCAGAUGAGCCUCAUCCGCAAGCGACUGGCCGUCGAGAUGUGGCUCUACGACGAGCUCCAGAAGCUCUUCGAUCCACCAAACGAGGCCAUCGAUGUGGACAUUGACGAGAUUCUUGACAUGGACACAGAUGACAUAAGAAGAUCUCAUCUUAUAAGAUUACUGUCAGUCUGCAAACGCCCGCAAUCGGACAUAUCGAAGUUCAUUGGCGAUCUGCUGGAUCGCGCAAAAACCCUGUAAAUCGCCAGCCCCUCAUUUAAGAGAUCAUCCAGCAGACCUACACACAUAUAAUAUGCAGAUAAACUUGAAUACCUAGAACAUUAAGUUUAGCUUGGAACACAAAGAACAAAGAAUUCAGUUUGCAAGUCUUUAACCUACCUAUUCGAACACUGUGUUGAUUUUUUUCAUGUACUUUAGUUGUUAGUUUGUAUCUUUGCGCUGACUAAUUUGAAGUUUAGCCUAAUUUAAGCUACCCCUGGAAAUGAUAAAGAUGAUGGAGGUCGUUAGCCCUAAGCUUAUGGUGUAAUGCCGAGAAAACAAAAACACUUCAUCAAUUUUGUGAUGAUACUUUUUAAAUAAAACACAAACAUGAUAUGGUCCCAAACCAAAAGCCAAUGUUUAGCUACAUUUGAAUUGAAAUCCAUUGCAAUGGAGUGCCCUCUUUAGUUAAAUAAAUACGUUUAGAUCCAAUAUUGAGGGGAAUGUAAUCCCCUAGUGACACUCCGGUUGUUUUGCAAAACUAGUUCAUUUGCAUGUGUGUGCUUCAUUUAGACGCUUACCCGUAUAGACUCCGAAAUAUCAUAAUCUACGUAGCCCAAAGCUGCAAUUUAAUAAAAGAACAUUUUUGUAAGUACAGUGUGCGAUCACCAAGUCAAAGAUGAAAGCUCAGGUUCACUGCCAAAACGUGGAGGAGGAAGAUUAUUGUAUGCGCAGUUAGCAAGUACAAACGGUAAUGGAGAACAGGAGCACAGUAAAGCCUGGAAAAAAGGAAUUUUAACCACACAUCCCACACUUUGUUCUCUUCAGGAUCGAAUCAAGAGUGCAAGAACACAUCCUAUAAAUGGUACUGCAUUUAGAAGGCCAAGACUACACAAUUUCAAUAGUUGUAAAUAAAAUGUUAAUGAAUACAACACAACUGCACACCCAAAAAUUUGUAAAUACCCUCGGAAAAGCAUCAACACUUCUUCACUCCACGAAAUCUACACCUCUUUGUAGUAGUAUCUAAACAUUUUCUAGCAAUCAAAUCGUAACGUAAAAGUAUUUUAAUGUGCUCAAUUUAGGCGAAGGAUGAGAGAUACGUAAUUAUGAUUAUGUUAUAGCACACUUAGACUCUCAAAUUAACCCCUAAUUCUCUCUAUCAGAUCUUCAAAGUAUUAGUAACUUCUUAAAAAUGCUAUUUGCAUACUAGUAACAACCAAUUAAUCAUCGCAUUGCUCCAUUGCAACAUUUAAAACAAGCAUUAAACGAUUAUUUAAGCAAGUUUAGCAUUAUAAUACUUAAUCAUGCACACAAUUCUCAUUUAAAUGAAAAUCGGAAAAGCACACACAAAAACACACGCUAAAAGGUGCGAAGAGCUGUUAUGAAAAGCUAAUUGAACAAAUUUAUAAAACGCAAAUGAAAAGUUUACAAUAAAAAUUUAAUUGCUUUAGACAACAA